AUGAAGCGAGGCUUCUUCUUGAUAUUUUGUCUUUGGCUUAUCACUAUUGCUUCUGCCUUACACCACAUCCCUAUAACGGAAGCACCUGUUGCCACUGAUAUCGCGAAACGUGAGUCCGCGGAGGAGAAAUCUGAAAAAUCCGCUUCAAAGGCCUCUGAAGCUUCAAUUAAGUCUGUCUCCAAGGCUUCAAAGGCUUCUGUUAAAUCUGCUUCAAAAGCCUCGAAGUCUGCUGCGUCUAUUGCUUCAAAAGCAUUCGAGUCUGCCUCAAAAGCAGCAAAAGCAGCCUCAAUUUCCGCUUCUAAGGCUUCGCAAUCCUUAGCUAAAGCUUCGUCAAAAUCUUCAGUCAAUUCUGUAAAGUAUGCCUCCAAAGUUUCUGUCAAUUCUGUCAAAUCUGCCUCCAAAGCCUCCGCUAGUGCUUCCAAAGCCAGAGUUAAGGCAAGUGAAUCAAUGUCCAAGAAUAUUGCCUCUAAGUCUAAAGUUUAUGCUUCAAUGGAAAAAAAAGUCACAAGGACAGCCUCAGCAGUUGUUGACCAAUCAGAAAUCACCACUGAUUCUGCAUAUGUUGACAUUUAUGAUUGUGGAACAGAUUUUUCAGAUAUUACCAGCCCAGCCCAGAUCUCCAAAGCUAAAUAUGGGUGCCGCUAUUCUGCUUGGGUUGGAUACUAUUUAAAUCAAGGUCAGGCUGCAUUAACAAACUUAACUUACCUUAUGAACGAAUAUUCAACCUACGAGGAGAACUAUAAGGCUUAUAUUAAAGCAAUUCAAAAUAGUAUUAUGUCAGACUUUGGUGAAUGGUUACACGAGGACAGUUAUAAAAACUUGAAUUACUAUAAAUGCAAAAAUUCUCGAUCCACUACUUCAUGUAUACAUGAAAAUAUUGUUGGCAAAGCAAGUAUUUGCACAGGUGGAACCUUCCUGAACAUGCAUAUUCCAGAUUCCCAAAAAGCUGCAGCAGCUGCUAGUUUAUCCACUUAUUACAACGCUACAAUUAAGGCAAGCGAUUUGACUUUGAUGGAUAGUUCUACGACCUUCCAAUUGGCUGAAAAUGUAUUGGCAUGCAAGUUUACUGCCAAAAAUAUGACGUUGCCUAGUGCAGCAUUACUUGACAACGACCCAAUCGCGAGUUUUACCUGGGACAACUUGACCAAUCUUGCGUCUUUAUUAGCGACAGCCAAAGGUUCUGUUGGAAAAGUUAGUCCUAUUGAUUUGAUUGACUUUUUGACACCAGUUCCAGUGUUUACCAAUAUGGCUCAAAGAGCAAUGUAUAUUGAUGCACAGGGUGCCGAGCAAAUUAAAAUAGAAAAGGAAGAGCGAAAAUUGGCAAUUCUCAAUAUAAUUUUCACUAUUGUCGGGGUCGCUGCAAUUUUUGCUGACGGACUUGCAGCGGUCGCUCUUGAUUCGGUAUUAGCAGGUGUACAAGUUUUGGCAACUUGGUCGAUUACUGGCGAAGUUCUGCCUGUAGAUAUUAUAUCUACUAUCGCUGGAGCAGUGGGAGGCAUUUUUUCUGCAAUAAAACUAGGACGUAACUUUAGCGAGGUGGUCAAUACCUUGCGGUUUUCUGCGACCAGUGAUUUGACCAAACAAAUGCUUAAAAUGCCUGACUAUCAAGAAUGUGUACAAGCGGCUUAUGGAGUGGCCAUGUCGACUCUGUAA